AUGAAUACCAUUUUGAAAUCAAAUAGCAAGUCGAUUUUUCAAAAGGCUAAUUUCUAUUAUUUCAGAUUUUCAAAUCUCUCAUAUGAGGAGACAUUCAGACUCUUAUUCAUACUUUUGGCAUGUAAUUGUAUUUUAUGAAUAUUUAAGCUAUUCUCUCAUUUUUUGUCUUUGAUGCUUUACGUUUCAGAAAGUACUUAAUAAUGACUGAUAUUCCUGUAAUCUCUUAUUCGAGUUUUAGCAUCAUGUUAUUUGGAUUAAUCAUUGUUCAUGUAAAAAGAAUUUAAAUUUUUUAGUACUCUAAGUGGUCUGUUAAUUAUUUUUGCCAUGAUUUUGUUUAUAGGACAAUUUCUACUUAGUAUUCAGGAGAAUUUAGAGAUGCGAGAGUUAAGAAAAUUUUAAAAUGGUUAUUUGAUGGAGUAUAUUAUUCAACAACAUCAGUAUAUUAUUUAAAUAUUUUAGAUACUUUGUUGGUACUUCUUUCAUGAAGAGCCUUGGUAUCCAAAUGGAUUAGGAGGUACUAAUUAUACAGGAAUUUGGUAAGAUUUCCCAAAUAUGAUCAAUGUAAGAGAUAUUAUAAUUAUAUUUUAGAAUAAAUGGGUCAUUCCCUUUUAUAUGAUUUAAACAGCAAAUCAUUUAUAUGCUUUAAUUCACUUGGCAAUAAAGAGAAAAGAAGUAGAAACAAAGUAUUGGGAGUAUAUGUUACAUCAUACACUUGCAACUUGUUUACUUAUCUUCUCUGCUCUCUAUAAUCAAUGUAAGAAUAUCAUAUUUAAAUAUUAGUUCGAUUUGGUAUUGUUGUAUUGGGAAUUCAUGACAUUGCUGAUAUCAUUUUAUCUCUCUCAAGAGCUCAGCAUGAUUUAAAGUCAAUCAAAUCUCUCAUGUAUAUUUAAUACGUAAUGCUUUUAUGUACUUGGAUUUAUACUAGAGUUAUCAUAUUUCCUUAAAUUAUUUUGGAAGCUAUAAUGCACUACUAAGAAUAGUAUAUAAUUUUAUCUAUUUUUUUCUAAGUCCUCAAGCAUCCUGGGGAAACAAAUACCUCAUUGUUUAAAUGUGCAUUUUGUUAGGCAUGCAUCUCUAUUGGACCUACUUUAUGAUGCAAAUUGGAAUUAAUGUAUUUAAGAAAGGUAAAAAGUAUGAAGAAAUCAACACAUAUGACAAUAAAGAGAUUCUUAAACAAGGAAGAAUAUGA